AUGAUCCCCUCAACCUCCAAGAAACGGCAGCGCUUGCCACACCAUCGCCAUACCACCGCCGCCUUAAUCGAUUCCUUCUCCGACAAAACCAUCUCUGAAAGCUCCAAGAAACUCCGCCGCGCCUCCUCCCACCCCCUCCUCUCCUCCACCAUCCCCUCCUCUUCCCACCCCAUCCUACCCUCCUCCUCCUCCACCACCACGAUCACCGCUACUUCCUUUAACGACCUUAACACUGCCGACGUCAUCCUCCGCCUCUUCCUGGACUCCACUGCUCCCAUCAUCAACUUAUCUGAUUCAGUUUCUUCAAUUGAUAAUAAUCAUCAAUCCAAUGCCCAGAUCUACCUCCAUUCUCCCAUCCUCCGCCGCGCCAAGUAUUUCUCCGCACUUUUAUCCGACAGAUGGCUGCACGCGAAGGAAAACUCCGAAUCUGCUGAAAAUAAAAUCGACCGAUAUUUGAUUCCGUUAAAAUUAGGCGUUGCUCCUGGAUCAAUCGAAGUCCAUCUGACCGUCUUAGAGUUGCUUUACACUAACGAUUUUAUUAAUAUUAUUAACUCUGCCGCGGCGGCUCUCGAUAUUUUGCCGGUGGCCUUAGAGUUUUUAUUUGAUGAAUGUGUGAAUUAUUGUGUUAAGUAUCUUGAGGCCGUGCCGUGGAGUGAAGAGGAAGAGAAGCGCGUGCUUAAUUUAAUUCCAUUUCUACGUGAGGAGGAAUCUGAAGAACUAUUAACGAGGGUUUCGCCGGCGAGAGAUGAUUCGUGCGAGGAAAUGCUUCAUGGGUUGAUAUUGGCUGCGAUUCAUAAUAGUCCGAAUAUGGCAACUGUGAAAGCGUUUGUGGCCAAGUUGUUGAGGGAUUUUUCGUCGAGGGAGUCGGCGAGGAGGGUUUUGGAGAGGGCGUUUGAGACGAGUUUGAAGAUUGUGAAGGAAUCACUUGAGGAGUACUCGAGUCCGGAUUUUAGAGGGGAUCAUAAUGAGACGGAGGCAAUACAGAGGUUGAAUUUGCAUACUGCGAUGACUAACGGGAGGCAUUUGUUGUGGUUGGUGGAGAGGAUGAUUGAGCUGAGAGUGGCGGAUAGUGCGGUGAAGGAUUGGAGUGAGCAAGCUUCGUUUACGGCUGAUUUGCAGAGGGCUUUUCGGGAUGAUGCGUGGAGAAAUAUUGUUCCAGGGCUUCCUGUUGUUGUGCUUCGUUGCACUUGUAAACUUGCUAAUGCUGUUGCUUCUGGGACCAUUUUGGCUGCUAGACAGGUGAGGAUGAAGCUUGUAAAGUACUGGCUUCCUGUUCUGACUGUAUGCAAAGACAAUGUACUUUCUUCUAUGUUACCAAGUCAUAAAUCACUGUACCUGGAGCUUGAAGAGACAUUUCUAAGAAUUAUUUCCACACUGCCCAUGUCAGAUGCACAAGUGUUGUUGCAGCAGUGUCUCAGCUUCUCAACUCGAAAUGUUGAAGAUUGCCCGCAUUUGGUCGCUGCUUUUAACACUUGGUUCCGUCGCGCAACAAAUCAACCACAAGGAGAUACUGAUUGUUAG